AUGAAGCUCUACCUCAUCGUGGCUGCCUGUGAAGGCAUGGGUAUUGGCCUGAAUGGAGGCCUGCCUUGGCGAUUGAAAGAAGAAGUCAAGUAUUUUGCCCGCAUGACCAAAGCCACCCAAGAUCCCCAAAAGAUGAAUGCCGUCAUCAUGGGUCGAAAGACUUGGGAAUCCAUUCCAGAGAAGUUUCGCCCUCUCAAAGAGCGAUUCAAUGUGGUUCUAUCGCGUCAGAAUCACUUGGUUCUGAGCGACCCCAAUACCCUGGUUUGCUCGUCCCUUUCCGAUGCACUGUCCAAGCUCAAAGCGAAGGGAGACGAAUUGGAAACCUUUUGGCUCAUUGGAGGACAUGCUUUGUACUUGGAGGCGAUGGAGAAGCAAUUGGUGGAUCGCAUUUACCUCACGGAUAUUCAAUGCAAAUUUGAUUGCGACACGUUCUUCCCAGCGAUCAAUGCCGACGAGUACGAAUCCAUCACGGAUGAGACAGUUCCCGAUACGCCCCAACGCGAGGGUGAUGUAGCUUACGUGUACAAGGUGCUGCAACGCCGACGAUCUGAAUUGUGA